CAAUCAAACAAACAAAACAAUCACAUAACAAUGCAACAACAACAACCAAGAAAGAAGACAUCGAUCAUUCAAUCACCAAUUAGACUACUUGAGACAUUGUCAACGGUUAGUCAGGAUCAGGGCAACACACCAAGACCAUCCAGGAGCAUUCUGUUGUUCAUCGGUGGCAUGCAGGCACUGAGUAAGGGCGACACAUCAAAGACGACUGAGGACAAGCUCAGCAAGGCAUUGGAGGAGGCAGAGAAGAGCAAUGAGAACGAAGAGCUGGCAUCGGCCCUGCUCGGCAUUGGCUACCUCUACUCAUUCGACAGCGACCAGCCCGCCCAAGUGCUGCGCGCCAUCCAAUCAUACAAGCGCUCAUUGGAUCUGUGGAAGCUGGUGCACUCGGCCACCUCACCCAAGCUCAUCGGGCUCCUCGGCGACCUUGCCGCAUUGCAACAACAUCAACAACAAAAGGCAGAGGCACUUGCCUCCCUCAACGAAUGUCUAGUCAUCUACAAAUCACAAGGACUUGACAAACCAACCAACAACGACUUUGUCGGACUACAAGACCUAAUCAACAAGCUU